AUGGAGUUGGGAUCCAGACGAAUCUACACGCCGAUGCCGUCGAAGCUCCGAUCUUCACUUGUUCCACGUAUUUUACUCAUUUCUCUCCUCUUACUCAUCUUAUAUUCCACAAUUCCUCUCCGCCGUCCGAUCACUUCAAACCUCGCAUCUCCUCCGCCGUGCGAUCUCUUCUCCGGCCGAUGGGUCUUCAAUCCAGAAGAAACUCCGAAACCUAUGUACGACGAUACUUGCCCAUUCCACAGAAACGCUUGGAAUUGCUUACGGAACAAGCGAGAAAACAUGGGUGCUAUCAAUUCGUGGAGAUGGGUCCCCGAUGGCUGCGGAUUGAGUCGAAUUGACCCGACCCGAUUCCUAGGGCGGAUGAGGAACAGGAACAUUGGGUUCGUAGGGGAUUCUCUGAACGAGAAUUUCUUGGUUUCGUUCCUGUGCAUACUUAGAAUGGCUGAUCCAAGUGCUGUCAAGUGGAAGAAGAAAAAAGCUUGGCGUGGAGCUUAUUUCCCUAAAUUCAAUGUCACUGUUGCCUAUCACCGAGCUGUUCUUCUCGCCAAAUAUCAGUCGCAGCCGAUACCUUCUGCAGAAGCUAAUCAAGACGGAGUUAAAGGAAUCUAUAAAGUAGAUGUCGAUGUUCCUGCAGAUGAGUGGAUCAACGUCACUAGCUUCUACGAUGUUCUCAUAUUUAACUCUGGCCAUUGGUGGGGUUACGAUAAGUUUCCUAAAGAGACACCUCUUGUCUUCUAUCGGGAGGGAAAGCCAAUAGAUCCAUCUCUUGAUAUAAUGCAAGGAUUUGAAGUAGUUCUUCAACAUAUGGUUUCAUAUAUCCAACGAGAAGUCCCAGCAAAGACACUAAAGUUCUGGCGCUUGCAGUCACCAAGGCAUUUCUAUGGCGGUGACUGGAACCAAAAUGGAAGUUGUUUGCUUGAUAAACCACUCGACGAAAACCAGCUUGACUUGUGGUUUGAUCCCAGGAACAACGGAGUGAACAAAGAAGCAAGAAGGAUUAACGGAAUCAUCAAGAAGGAGUUGCAAACCACAGAGAUCAAGCUGCUCGAUGUGACCCAUCUAAGUGAAUUCAGAGCAGAUGCUCAUCCAGCUAUCUGGUUAGGGAAACAGGACGCGGUGGCCAUUUGGGGACAAGACUGUAUGCAUUGGUGCCUUCCUGGUGUUCCCGACACAUGGGUCGAUAUCUUAGCCCAACUCAUUCUCACUAACUCCAAAACAGAGUGA